AUGGAUAUCGACUUCCACCCCGGUGUGAACGGGUCCAAGCCUUAUGUCGUCUUCUACCCAUAUACACCCUCCGAAACAGCAGGCUAUGCAUUCAUGGGGAUGUUCGGCAUCAUGACGGUCGUCCAUUUUGUCCUGAUGUUUCCAUAUCGCGCUGCAUAUUUCAUUCCUCUUGUUCUGGGAGGUGUUUGUGAAAUGUUUGGAUACUACGGUCGAGCAUGGUCCCACAAAGACAGAACAGAUAUCGGCUCAUGGGCCCUCCAAGAAAUGCUCAUCCUUUGCGCCCCGCCUCUCAUCGCCGCAACUGUCUACAUGGUCCUCGGUCGAGUCAUUCGCUCCUUCGGCGCCGAACAUCUGGCCAGCAUGACACCUAAAAAAAUCACGGUCAUCUUCGUAUUGAAUGAUGUACUCACUUUCUGCACGCAACUAGGCGGGGCUGGUGUCCAAGUUACCGGAGACCCGAAUGUCAUGGCCAUCGGCAAGAAAGUCGUCCUAGCGGGUCUGAUCUUCUCACUGGUCGUGUUUGCCUUCUUCAUUUGGAUUGCGGCAACCUUGCAGCGACGACUUCAGAAAAAUCCUACCGAUAUUUUGAUCAUGCACGAUAUUCAUUGGCGGCGGUACAUGCUGGCUUUGUAUGUCGCCUGUUUUGCGUUGAUGAUUCGAAAUCUUGUUCGGACUAUUCAGUUCGGGGCGAAUAAGAAUUCGCCCGUCAAUCAAAAGGAGCUAUAUAUCUACGUGUUUGAUGGAUUUCUUAUGUUCUUUUCUAUGCUUGUGUUAGCUGUCUAUCAUCCUGGUCUUCUAAUCAAAAAGGCUCGUCGGCUGAGGAAGGUUUCUGAUUUUCAUGAGCCUCUGACGAGUGACAAUAGGGUGCCGGAUAUUGAGCUGACUCGGUAUUAG